CCCAGAAUUGCAUCGUCGUCGGUGCCCAUUUGAGACCAGUAUCUCCGUGACUCACUCGGAGCUGCAGCUUUGAGUGGCUUAUAAGUUAGUACUAGUAAAAUAGUCGCCGAUUUCAUCGAGCUUCAAAUUUAGACCCUUUUUUGCAAGCCGCUCACUCACUCCGCCAUUCUCACUCAUCCCACGGCCGUCCCCUCCGGUCAUACAACACCAAUCAAUCAGGAGAAGAAGGUAGAGAAGCAUAAAACAUGCCCUCCAGAGACGAAGUCACCUACUUCGGGGCCGGGCCAGCCCUGUUGCCCACCUCCGUCCUCGAAAAGGCCGCCCAGGCACUCGUCAACUACAACAACACCGGCCUGGGCCUCGCAGAGCACUCCCACCGCUCCGAGAUUGCAAACACCAUCAUCAACGAGGCCAAGGCCGACCUGGCCGCCUUCCUCGACAUCCCCGACGACUAUGACAUCCUCUUCAUGUCUGCUGGCGGGACCGGCCAGUUUUCUUCCACGGCCUACAACCUGGUCGGCACGUGGGUGGCCAACCGGCGGCGCCGCAUCUUCGGCACGCCCCGGGAGGAGGGCGACGGCAAGCCGGCCGAGAUGCAGCAGCUGCACGACGCCGUCGAGAACGAUCUCAAGAUGGACUACAUCAUCACCGGCAGCUGGUCGGCCAAGGCCGCGGCCGAGGCGGCCAGGCUGUACGGCCAGGACCACGUCAACGUCGCCGCCGACGCCCGGCUCGUCAACAACGGCAAGUUCGGCAUCAUACCCGACGAGAGCACCUGGAAGCUGUCCGAGGACGCGGCCCUCGUGUACUAUUGCGCCAACGAGACCGUCGACGGCGUCGAGUUCCAGGACUUCCCCCAGCGGCUGCUGCCCAAGCCGAACGGCCAGGGCCCCAUUGUCGUGGCCGACAUGAGCUCCAACAUCCUGUCGCGCAAGAUCCCCGUCAAGAACUUCUCCGUCAUCUUCUUCGGCGCCCAGAAGAACCUGGGGCCGGCCGGCAUCACCGUCGUCAUCAUCAAGAAGAACCUCAUCGCGCCCGUCUCUGAACAGCCCUCGGCCGCCAUGAUGAGGCACCUCGGGCUCGCGAUCCCGCCCAUUAUCCUGCAGUACGACUCUAUCGCCAAGAACAACAGCCUUUACAAUACGCUCAGCAUCUUUGAUGUCUACAUCGCCGGCCAAGUCCUCAAGAAGCUCCUGGACACUUACCCCGACAAGGUCAGCGGCCAAGAGGCCGUCGCCAAGCAAAAGGCCGACCUCAUUUACGGCGCCCUGGACGCCCAUCCCGACGUGUACCGCGUCGUGCCGGACAAGUCGGUGCGCUCCAGGAUGAACAUCUGCUUCAGGGUGACCAAGGGCGGCGAUUCCGAGACUGCUGAGAAGGACUUUUUCGCUCAGGCCGCUGCUCGGGGCCUCACCGGGCUCAAGGGACACCGCUCAGUUGGCGGCGCGCGUGCCUCCAAUUACAACUCCAUUUCUCUGGAGGGAGCGCAGAAGCUGGCUCAGUUCAUCACUGAUUUUGCAAAGGCUCCGUAAGAGGUUUAAAUCUUGAGACGGGUGCGUCGGUCAAGUGACGGACUAAGUAGGUGUCGGUUUUGGGUCAGUGAGGGCGUUUUCAAGGCAUGCAUCGAUAGGACGAUGCGAGUCUAUAUGUGUACAUGCACCAUGGCGUGUAUCUGUAUAGGCAUAUCUACGAAUCAACUGGGAAAAAGGGUUGUCCAAUCUCAACAUGUGCGACACCAUGGCAUCGGUUAUAUGGCAAGGAGGCAAAAACAUUACAUCAAAUACAGACGUGUCUAUAGCCAUUAUCGAGCUAUACGAUUCCUU